CAUCUGCUUCUGCUCAACUAGACACAACAGCUAUUGAAGUCCUGAGAUGGAGAGAAGUCAGGAAAGAGAUGGUGGUGAGGGGGUGGCAGGACGGGAGCCAGACGGUGCGGGGCUAAGGCUGAGGAGGGAGAUUGGCUUGUGGAGUGCCGUGUCCCUGAUUGCAGGCUGUAUGAUCGGCUCUGGCAUCUUCAUGUCCCCACAGGGGGUCUUGGUCUAUGUGGGCAGUCCUGGGGCCAGUCUCGUGGUCUGGGCAGUCUGUGGUCUCCUGGCCAUGAUGGGUGCCCUGUGCUAUGCUGAGCUGGGGGCCCUGGUUCCCAAAUCUGGCGGGGAGUAUGCCUAUAUCUUGCAAAUCUUUGGUUCCUUGCCAGCCUUCCUGGUUAUCUACACAUUUGUGCUGUUGGUCAGGCCAGCUGCCAUUGCCGCCGUCUCUCUGAGCUUUGCUGAGUAUGCAGUGGCUCCCUUUUACCCGGGCUGCUCCUCGAUGCCCCAAGCCGUGCUCAAGGCUGUGGCUGCCAUCUGCAUCCUGCUGCUGACGUUGGUCAACUGCUGGAGCUCGCGGCUGGCCACCAUGCUGAUGAAUGUGUGCACGGUUGCCAAAGUAUUCUCGUUGCUGGUCAUCGUGGGGGGUGGGGCUGUGGUGCUGGGCCAGGGCCGUGGCUACACGGAAGCCUUUCUGUUUGCCUUCCACAAUACCACGCAGCAGGCCGGGCGCAUCGGCAUGGCCUUCUACCAGGGCCUGUGGUCCUUUGAUGGCUGGAAUAAUGUCAACUAUGUAUUGGAGGAGCUCAAGAAUCCAAAGCAAAACCUGGUGUGGGCGCUGAUGAUCGCCAUCCCUCUGGUCACCAGCCUGUACCUCCUGGUCAACAUCAGUUACCUGCUAGUGUUGUCACCCAAUGAACUCCUUUCCUCUGAUGCUAUGGCCGUGAGCUGGGGGAACCAGGUGCUGGGGGACUGGGCCUGGCUGGUACCCUUGGCUGUCACCCUCUCGACACUUGGCUCUACCAAUGGGACAUUCUUCGGUGGAAGCCGUGUGUGCUAUGUGGCUGCAAGAGAAGGCCACAUGCCCCAACUUCUGUCUAUGGUUCAUGUGCAUCGCCUCACACCAACUCCGGCACUGAUGUUUACCGCCGCAGUGGCUCUGGUCCUGGUCAUCCCAGGAAACUUCAGCACCAUCGUGAACUUCUUGAGCUUUCUUGGCUGGAUCACCUAUGGAACUACCAUUAGCUGUCUCUUGUACUUGCGGAUGAAGAAGAACCUUCCUCGACCUUACAAGGUGUGCACUGAAGAAAGAAAAACUGUCCAGCCCUGCCCUUGAGUACCAGUGAGGAAGACAGAAGGAGGUAAACAUACAUUACAAAAGCCAGAAGAUCAUUACUUUGAGACAUAACUCCAAUGCACACAGAUAAGCAUAAACUGACACAUCCCCCCUUUUUAAAAAAAAUAUUUUAUUUAUUUAUUCAUGAGAGACUCAGAGAGAGAGAGAGAGAGAGAGGCAGAGACAUAGGCAGAGGGAGAAGAGAAGUAGGCUCCCUGCAAGGAUCCCAAUGCAGGACUCGAUCCUGGACCCCAGAAUCAUGCCCUGAGCCGAAGGCACUCAACUGCUAAGCCACCCAGGCAUCCCUUAUUCCUUUUAAGAUAGCAAUGGGCUAUACUCUAGAGUUUUCUAAAAAUUCCUUAAUGCUUAAUGUGGGAGAACUUUUUAAGACUUUUUGUAUAAAAAAGUAUUUUUAUAUCUCUCUUUUAUAUCAUCUCUUUUUAAUGGAUGCCUGGUAUUAUUGGCCUAUUGUCCAUGGAUAUUCUCUGGUCUUAUUACAAUACAAGCAAAGCUAGAGGGACCACUUGGUUGUAUAGAAAAGUGAUGAUCCAAAAGCAGGCACCUUCUUUCUUCCCGAAUCAUCUUUGUUUGUUCUAUGCUAUAGUCCUCCUCCUGAAUUACUGUUUGCCAUUAUUUUUUGCUAUAAAUGAAAUCUAUGUUUUAGGUGUAGGAAGAUACAUCUAAACCAUAAAGCUAUUGUGACAUGGACUGUGACCUUUGUGAACUACAGAAUGUCUAUGGAAUAUAGAUGCUCUGACAUCAUCACUUUUGAUUUGCUUCAUUUAUACAUGCUCUGGAUUGAAACUUUUUGUAAAAUGAAGAAUCUCAGAAAUUUCUUUAAAAUAUCUUUUACACUGUCUCCCCGCCACCUGGCCAGGGUCUGUUAUAUAAUCAGGAUUCAUUGAUCCUGGUGCUGCUCACGACUGUUCAUUGUCACACUCUUGGGAGUCAGUAUAAAGCAUUUGGGAGCUAUUAAAAUUGCUAAAUAAAUUAAAAAAAAACAUUUUGCAAGCCAUCUCUAUGUCCCCUUAGGAAACAUCUUUUCUUGGGAUAAGGUUUGGAUUUGUAUAUCUAUGCUUUUCAUUUUAGAUCCAGAAAUGCUAUACAGUUUUUAGAGGUGGAAAAUUAUGUGAUAUUAUACACAUAAAAGAAAAGUUAGAAUCUUAUUGUUUUGAUCCAAAGG